GGGGCGGGGCGCGGCGGGGAGGCCGCGGCGGAGCCGAGCGGGGCCGGGGCCGGGGCCGGGCCGGGAGCGGCCGCAGCGGGGCCGGGAGCGGCGGCAGCGGGGCCGGCGGGACCCUCCGGGACCCCGCGGGGGCGCCCGGGGCCGGCGAGGCCGCCAUGCCGAGCAAGAAGAAGAAAUACAACGCGCGCUUCCCGCCGGCGCGGAUCAAGAAGAUCAUGCAGACGGACGAGGAGAUCGGGAAGGUGGCGGCCGCCGUGCCCGUCAUCAUCUCGCGGGCCCUGGAGCUGUUCCUGGAGUCGCUGCUACGCAAGGCGUGUCACGUGACCCAGUCCCGCAACGCCAAGACCAUGACGACGUCACACCUGAAGCAGUGCAUCGAGCUGGAGCAGCAGUUCGACUUCCUCAAGGACCUGGUGGCCGCCGUGCCCGACAUGCAGGGGGACGGCGACGACCCCCACGGCGACGGGGACAGGGGGCCCCGCAGGGGGCGCCGCCCGGGCAGCGGCCGCAAGAACGGGGGUCCCGGGGCCAAGGGGACCCCGAAACAGUCGGGGACGGACUCGGAGCAGGAGGAGGAGUCUGAGGACAGCGACAGCGACGGGGACGAGGAGACCCCGCAGCCCCCCCCGGCCCCGCCCCCGCUCACCUUCGCCAGCCCUGGGGUUCCCUUCGCCCCCCUGGGCCCCCCCAGCCUCCCGGGGGGGCUCCCCCCGGCCCCCGGCCCCCCCCCGCGCCCGGAGGAAGAGGAGGAGGAUGAAGAUUACGAUUCUUAGCGACCCCCCCCCCAGUUUUUACCCGUUUCUCCAGGAUUUUCCCCCAUUCCGGGCCCCCCCCCUCCCAGUUGGGCCUUACUGGGAGCUGGGCCUGGCACCAGUUUGGGGGGGCUGGGGGGUACUGGGAGCACUGGGACCCCCCCCCCCCCCCGUGCCCCACGGGUGUCCUGGGACCCCUUUUUGGGGGUGGGGGGGGCGCAGGGGGGGUCGGGGGUUGAUUUUGGGGCUCUUUGGGGGCGUUUGCUGAGUCGGGGGUUUUGUAUCGGCUCAAUAAAGUUCCUGUUUCCA